ACUCAGAAGUCCAAUUAGCCCCUUUGGGCAGAGCCUAAACUAGGGUUAUAAUACAACUGUCAUCAAAACUGCAAUGGCCAGAUCUGUUACUUUAGGGUCUCUGCAAUGUCAUAUUAAUGUUGUUAUGACGUAGUUGAGUCUUUUCAACAAAGAGUGACUAUCUGUACAAACAUGCUACAAGUCUUGAAUGAACAAUGUAAAAUGUCCUGUUUGCUACUGGGUGAUGCAGGUGGGCCGUGAGGACAACUGGCAGCAGGGUCUGAGAGUGAGGCCCUCCCAGACGCCCCAGUCCCCCAGUCCCCCUCCUUCCCUUUUCUGGGGGGGUCUGUUCUCACCACUGACCUCCAGCAGACAGGACAUCACUAUGGAGUUAAAGGAUAAGGCUGUGGUGGUGGUGCGAGAGACAGGAGAGGAGGUUCACCUGGAGCUACCAGUCAAACCCUGCAGGAUUGGGGUCUACCUGGAUAGCGACACACGCCAGGUCACGUUCUGCAACGCAGAUGACACCUCGGUCAUCUACACUGUCUCGUGUGGUCCUUGACCGAUCAUACCAAUGUGAACCUGUAGGCUAUAGUAGAUGCAAACAUCAACAGAACAUGUUAGCUCUAACUUGCAGGAAUGUCCCGACGUGUGUUUUUGUAUGUGUGAAGAGAGUUGAGUGUUUAUUAUUAUAUGUUCAUUAUUAUACUGUGUAUUAUAUGUAUAAUAUUCUCUGCUCUGCCUAUCAGUCUAUCUGUCCAAUACUGCGCUUCAAACAGGCCCACUGACAAAAGGGGGACAAAGGAGUCAGUUAUUCCAGGCCCAGGCAGUGGAGGGCCCCAGAGUUCCCAUUACAUUGUACAGUAAGCAUGGACAGACAGGGGGUUAAGAUUAAUUUGUCCUGGGCCUGUUGUCAUAUCUGGUUGCAAAU